AUGAUUACUGCAGCCGUACUGGCUGAGAUCUGCUCUGCUCUCCCUGCAGCCGGAUCGAUCUACUUCUGGGCAGCAGAGAGCGGUGGGCGACGUUAUGGCAGACUCUUCGGCUUCGUAGUGGCUUGGUGGUCCACCACAGCUUGGACGACGUUCAUUGCCAGCACUUGCCAGGCCGCCGCGAACUUCCUGUUGUCCGAGAUUACCAUCUUCGGCGUGGACUUUCCGACUGACACUGGAAACAUCAAGUUCCGUGCGGUACAGUGGAUCGUGGCCGAGGUGAUUCUUUUCCUCGCGAUUGGGAUGAAUUACCUGGACCCGAAAACUUACAGGACCGUGUUCCGGAUUGCAAUUUGUCUCAUCCUCUUGGACUUCUUCCUCAACAUCACCUGGCUCCCGAUCGCAGUGUCCAAGACUUAUGGGUUUCAAGACGCCAAGUACGUCUUCACACAGACUUACAAUGAGACUGGAGCUCCACCUGUGUGGAACUGGAUGCUGAGCUACUUUGUCACUGCUGGAGUCCUGGUCGGUUUCGAAGCAAGCGGGCACAUUGCAGAGGAGACCAAGAACGCCAAUGUGGUUGCGGCCAAAGGAAUUUUUACAUCUGCCGCUGCGUCUGCUGCGAUAGGCUUCCCGAUUGUCAUCUUGUUCCUGUUCUGCCUGCCGAAUCUGGAGACGCUAUACGGUCUGAAUGCACCGCAGCCAUUCGUCUCCAUCUAUGCUCUCAGCAUGGGCAGGGGUGGGCAUGUUUUCAUGAAUGUCAUCUGCAUCCUUGGGCUCAUCUUUAAUGCGACUGUCGCUGGAGUGGCGAGCUCAAGGCUCAUAUGGGCUGUGGCUCGCGAUGGCGUUCUUCCGUGGUCUGGUUGGAUUGCGAAAGUCAGCGACAAGAAGGAACCCAAGAACGCGAUCAUCGUGAUGCAUGCAGUCGCGGCCUUGUUGCUCUGCACUAUCUUGGCCAGCCCGGUUGCUUUCACGUCAUUGGUUAGUGCGGCUGGUGUGCCCACAAUCACGGCAUAUGCUCUGAUCUGCUCGAAUGCCAAAUGGUCUCUCGGGCGCUGGUCACGACCACUGAACUUCAUUGCUUUCAUCUGGAACACCUACCUGGCAUGCGUAUUGUUCUCACCAAUCGUCUUCCCAGUCACUUCCCAGAGCUUCAACUAUUCGCCUGUGAUCUUCGGCGCCAUCACGCUCUUCGGUAUCAUUACCUGGUGGGUAUAUCCGGAGGACACCUGGCUGCCCAAUGCUCGCUUGGGUCGAGUGGCAGACAACAUCGUCGAACCCGGACAGCCGUGA